AUGAUUUUCAUGCAGAGGUUAUUCCUGCUGCUUUUGGCCACGGUGGCAUUUGCAAAACAUGCAACGACGGAAGAGCCAAUUGCAGAAAAUGCGAUAGCGGAAAAGGAGGCACAUGAAGAGAAUGUGACAGCGGAAGAAGAGGCAAGUGCAGAGAAUGAAAUAGCGGAAGAGAUCAUGUCGAAGGAAAUCGACGACGGCAUGAUAAAACUGUUCGGGAACGAAACCAACGGCACCAUGUCCUACGAGGAGGUCGAGGCGAAGACCUUCUGCGGGAACACGAUCAACAAUUGCCACAAAUCAGGCGGAGUCUGCAUGACGUCAUAUGGCAUCAGGAGCUUCGGAUCAUCCGGCAAUCAGUGCUCCUCGACCAAGACCUUCUCCUCCGGGAACUGCCAGACUUGUCACUGUUGCAUUGAAUGUGGUGUUCAUUCGGAAGAAGCAAGAGAAUGUAAAGGGAAAUACAGAAAGAAGAGGAAGUUUCAGCUGGACAACUUCUUUGGGAAGCUGUUCCACAGUCCAACUGUUCUGCGAAACAACUUCGGAUGUAAGCACAAAGGAGGGUACUGUUGCGGACGCGACCACUGUAAAACUGGAUAUUUCGUCAAGAAACACUGUAGUGGAGGGUAUGAUUGCGGUUGCUGUAUAGAUCAUCCAGUUCCUGAAGUCUGUGAAACAACUUCGGAAUGUAAACACAAAGGAGGCUACUGUUGCGGACGUGACCACUGUAAAAGUGGACAUUUCGUCAAGAGACACUGUAGUGGUGGGUAUGAUUGUGGUUGCUGUAUAGAUCGUCCAGCUCCUGAAGUCUGCGAAACAACUUCGGAAUGUAAGCACAAAGGAGGCUACUGUUGCGGACGUGACCACUGUAAAAGUGGACAUUUCGUCAAGAGACACUGUAGUGGAGGGUAUGAUUGUGGUUGCUGUAUAGAUCGUCCAGAUCCUGAAGUCUGCGAAACAACUUCGGAAUGUAAGCACAAAGGAGGCUACUGUUGUGGACGUGAUCACUGUAAAAGUGGACAUUUCGUCAAGAGACACUGUAGUGGAGGGUAUGAUUGUGGUUGCUGUAUAGAUCGUCCAGCUCCUGAAGUCUGCGAAACAACUUCGGAAUGUAAGCACAAAGGAGGCUACUGUUGCGGACGUGACCACUGUAAAAGUGGACAUUUCGUCAAGAGACACUGUAGUGGAGGGCGCGACUGUGGUUGCUGUUUGGCAGAUAAUACUGAGCCACCUCAGUCCUCACCUUGCCAGGAGAAACGGUCUUGCAAAAGAGCUCACGGUCAUUGCAAAUCGAAUUGUGGGUAUGAUGAGGACGAGAUACACGGCGGCUGCAGAGGAAGUGGAUGCAAGUGCUGUGCCCACAAAUCAUCAGAUAAUACUGAGCCACCUCAGUCUUCAACUUGCCAGGAGGAACAGUCCUGCAAAAGAUCUCAGGGUCAUUGCAAGUCGAGAUGUGGGUAUGACGAGUCCGAGAUAUACGGCGGCUGCAGAGGAAGUGGAUGCAAGUGCUGUGCCCGCAAAUCGCACCCAUCCCCGUAUGGCCGUUCAAUCUUCCGCGAUGAUGAUGAUGAUGACAAAUAGAACUUUGUGAUGUAACUGGAUUAUGCCACCAUCUUUCCUCCCAGGGCUCACCAAAGAACACAUCUGUCUUUCAAGAGAAACUCAAAUGAUCUCGUCCGUUGAAGAAUUUGACACAAAUUGUUAUAUAUAAUUCUCUAUCUUUUGUUCCUCCGUCCUUUACUCAGUACAAAGUAUAUCGUGUGGAGGUUUCCAGCCUUCAUGUUGUCCUAUUCAUGUUAAUUUUUCCCUCCUUUGCACAGUUAUGGAUAACUUCACUAAAUAAAAAGAAAACACAAACCUGCAGGAAAAUAUUAAGGUGAAGCAACUGAAUAAGGCCUGGCUCAUAAUAUGAGGGAAGUUGAAAAAGAUGUGGGAAUCGCUACAAUUUUGUGUGACCUUCCAAAAAUGCGAAUGCUGAUCAGCAAAGAGGAAAAACCACUGUAGCACAAGAAUGAAGAUAAAGAAAGAAGGGUUGUUGCAGAAUACGAAUCGAAGUAGAUAAAAGAAGAACAGUAUGGAAUGAGUGAGACAGAAGAGCCAGUCCUGAGUCAAGAUGAAGACUGUAAUAGUCUAUGUCUAAUGUGCAUUUUGUACCUGUGACUGAGGAAAUGGAAACAAUUGUUAGGGAAAUAUAAAGCUUACAUGGACAUUUACAAAAUUAGUACGGAAUUUUUUUCAAAUCAUGACACUGCCAUGUUUGGAAUAUAGAAUCUAAUGCCCAAUCUUUAUUACUUUGAUUAUCUUGACAGACGCACUUUUGUUGAAGUUUAUAAUGAACUUACUUUUGUUAUGUUUCAUUAAUUUUGUUAUAUUUUCUUUUGUCCUUAAACUUAAGACAUAAGAAUUUCUUGUGUUUGCUUCCCAGAUGCCUAUGGGUAGUGGGGAAGCAACCUUACUGUGGAGAUGAAAUGUUUCCACCCUAGUAACUAUAUUUUGAG